AUGAAAUCUGUGACCAGUGUCGCGUCACAUAAUGUACGAGACCUGGUCACUGCGAAGAGUGUUCGUGCGAGAGAUCGAUGGCUAACUGUCACUCCAAAAACUACUCCCAUCACCCAUAAUAGCCAUGAAAACUUCUAUUCUCUUGACACGACUCUCUUAUUUUCUAUUGAGAGUUUUUUUUUUCUUUUCUUCUUCGUAGUGGCGCCUCUCGACUUUGCAGCCGUCCAAGUACCUUCCGUACGUCUUUCUUUCACAUCUAUCUAUCUAUCUAUCUAUCUAUCUAUCUAUCUAUCUAUCUAUCUAACGCAAUCUGUUCAUAUUUCUCACAAUUUACUCAUUAUCACUUUCUCUCUUAUCACAAUGUGGAUCCUACCACAACACUAUCUAUAUUAUAACACACAAUCUAUUCAUUAUUUAUCUGACUUUCUAUCAAAGUUUCUUCAUAUCUAUCUAUCUAUCUAUCUAUCUAUCUAUCUAUUCAUUUCCGUCACUAUCUAUUCCUUAUCUAAAUAUUUGACGAUCUACCAAUCUCUUUUUCUUCAUAUCUCUCGAUCUUUCAGGUCACACACAAACUCUUACUCACACGUGUAA